AUGGCGAGGAUCCAACAGUAUAUCAGGGACCUCACAGAACAGCCCAGCAAUGGCAGCGUGCCCUCCUUGGACGAGAUGUUUUGGCGGAAGUCGUCCACAAUCCUCCAAACUAUGCCGGAACUACCAGCCGCCAGGACACCUGAGACGGAUUCCCUGACGCUCAAGGCCAUAAACAUUUCUCCUGUCCUGCCAGGAACAGGAAGUUUCACUCACAACGUGACUCGCAUGCUCAGUGAGACCGGCGAAAUGGGAAAGCUCCCAGGGAAGGAAGCACGUGAAACACGAUUUUCCCCAUACAGUACCUCCCACUUCCUGUCUUACAGACAAAAUAUGUUACAACAAAAUACCGAUAAACAAAAUGGACACCUGGAAAGCACCGAGCAGCUCGGGACGGUGGACACCGCCUUGACGGAUUCUUCCAUGCCUUCGCAGGAUUCAGCCUCCCCACAGUCGUCUGCAUCCGCGUCUUCUCCUUCCGGUAGCAGCUUCACAUCACCAGGAAGUGGCGUCGGUGUCGUCUCUAGCCCGGAAACUGAAUUCACCAGCCAGGAAACACAGUCAACCAGUCCUGAAACAGAUUCAAUCAGCCCGCAAACCACACGAGAUAACAAAAAGAAAAAGCUCGUGCGCACGUGUUACACGAAUGAGCAGAUUCAGAUCCUGAUGAAGAUGUUCCACGAGAAUCCCUACCCAGACUCAGAACAAAUGGAGGAAAUGGCAAAAGAGUUUGGAGUCCCAGACAAUAAGAUCAAGAUCUGGUUUCAGAACAAGCGUGCCCGCUGGAGGCGCCGCGUCAAUGAAUCUAUGAACAGCUACCCGGCUGGCCUCGUUCCCAUGACGCCCGCAAUGUCGCCCGUACAUCCUUACAGCUAUAUGACUCCCGGUCACAUGGUGGCGACUUCUUCCCCUCAGCAUGUUUUCACUGGCUACUUUAAUCCGUGGAUUCAAACGAACUCCAUCAAUCCGGACAGCAACAGCAGUGCCCAACUUCCGGUGAACCCCACUCAGUCACGUCUUUCGCCGACAUCGACGACGCUCAUAUCUGCUUCUAUGUCCAACCAGACAUACCCAUCAGCUACCAUGACACCGGGCACUGUUUCUUCAUUACCAUAUGCUCCAACGCUCUACCCGAUAAGGACGUCGCCGCAUCAAGUGAUGGCCUCACAUCUGUCGGUUUCACCAAAUAACAACUCCUACUUGUCGUCUUCAAAUGUAUCAUACACGAGAACGUCACCACAACAAGUGAAUACCUCACAAUUACUGUCGGCGACGAUUUCACAAAAUAACAACUCUUACUUAUCGGCUGCUGCAUUGUCAAACCCGAGAACGUCACAUGUCACUCCGUCCUACCAGUAUUUUGGACAAGGUACUCCUGACUACAGUGGCUAUGCUAAUCCUCGGGCAGUCAAUUGA